AUGAACUACCUCUCCAACAUCUCACAAGCGAGUCGCCUUGCUGACAGCAUUAAUGUCGACCGCAUCAAGACUGAGCUAGGGUCCAUCCCGUCGCGGCUCUCUACCAUGCGGCCACCGCGCGAGUUCUUUAACGUGCGCAGAUUCUCGAAGCCCCAGAACUUUGGCGAGGUCCAGUCUCGUGUUGGUUACAAUCUACGCUACUACUCCACCAACUACACCGCCAUUGUUAUCCUGCUCUUCAUCUACACGCUGCUGACCAACUUGCUCUUGUUUUUCGUCAUCGUGUUCGUGGUGGCUGGCUUCACAGGUAUUAACCGCCUCCAGGGGGCCGAUCUCUCUACCCCCUUCGGCCCUAUCACCACGUCCCAGCUAUAUACCGGUUUGAUCGGCAUUGCGACAGUGCUAGGAAUCUUCGCGUCGCCUUUCAGUACCCUAAUGUGGCUGGUCGGCAUCUCCGCCGUGACCAUUUUCUCUCACGCCUCCUUCCUGGAGAAACCCAUCGAGACGGUCUUCGAGGAAGAAACGGUUUAA